AUGACUACUGUUACGAACCUCGGAAUCAAUGACGCGUGGGUUUUAAACUCAGUCUUCAACCCGGAAAACUCGCUUGUCCAGCCAAAAGUCUUAGUAAACCCUGACCUAUCAUACAUCUCACCUGGCCCACACCUGGACCUCACAGCCCUUCGACAAGCCGAAAUCGCAGCUAUCCGGCCCCUGGACUGCCCAGACCCCUCUCGAACCCUAAUCGAGACCGCAGUUGCCGAACUGACAAAUUUGAUAUCCGCGCAUCCAACGUACGCAUCCGCCUACAACAAUCGCGCCCAAGCACUUGCGCUUCUUGGCGAAAGCGCCACCACGUGCACCAUCUGGACGGAUACUAGCACAGCCAUCCGACUGGCCAGCCCGCCAUUACUCGAAAACGAGGUCUCGCAGCUGCAGGGCGCCAUUCUGGCAGCAGCGCACACACAGCGCGCAAAGCUGCUCUGGAAGACUGCACAGUCAAAGCCAGAUUCGUGUGUGCCCUCUUUGGGACUCAGCGGGUCGAGCCAGGCCGAAGACUUGCAGUGGGAAGAUGUGGCCCGCUUAAACAAGCACGAACUGGAACAGCUGGCAAAUCGGGAUUUUGAGAUGGCAGGAAAAUAUGGUAACGAUGAUGCCAGGAAGAUGGGAGUACUAACGAAUCCUUACGGCAAGCUUUGUGGGGGGAUUGUACGUGAGGCUAUCCGUGAGGAGAUAAGUAAGGUAAUGGUGUUUGAUGGAUAAGAAAGAUAGUUUGGCCAUUCUGCGAGUAAAUUCUUGAGAAAAUAAAGGCGGUGGACGAAUCGUACCAAUAGCCGAC